AGGUCAGAUUUGGAGCUUCUCAUUGCACGCGGAGAUUAUUAUUGCAUCGGGUUCCAAGCCAAUGGGAAGGACAGGGGAGGGGCUUGGCACGAGGAAGCGUUAGUUACAGCGGCUGAUUGGCUGUCUGCGAAAGGAUAAAGAAGCGCGAGGCGGAAUUGGGGUCUGCUCUAAGCUGCAGCCAGAGAAACAGAGUGAGGGGAAGAGGGCCGUCUCCCUCCCGGUCUCCAGUUCUUGCACGCUCUUUCUUAGAGAGUCUGCAGUGGGAGAACUCUGCCGGUAACCAGCUCCCCUUCUGCAGGAGGGAGGGAGAGACAUACAUUUAUUCAUGCCGGUCUGUUGCAUGCAAGCUUCUUGGCUUCCUACCUUGCAACAAAAUAAUUGCACCAACUCCUCAGCGCCGAUUCCGCCCACAGAGAGUCCCGGAGCCAGAGUCGCUUUGGCUUUGCACUGCAGGAAAGGGACUUAGGCGCUAGAGACGAUGUCGCUUUCCUGAGCUACCGCGAGCUCUCGUGAACUGCAAUCGACUGCUUCAGGGAAGGGGGGGGGAAAGACUUGCCCCGAAGGAGGCGAGAAACUUGCAUUUGGAAGACACUCGGGCCAUCAACGUUUGGAGAAACUCCUAGCUGUGGCCGGCUCCAGCCUCGGCGCCCGCAGGGAGCACUGCAGCGGUGAGGGAGGACGGAGGGCCGCGGGGACUCUAGGUCGGCGGCCGCCCCUGGCCCGUGCGCCGCUCGGGGGACCCUGGUCUCCGCCCCGGGGAGCCCGCAGGGCCCGGCUACCGCGCCGCGAGCGUGUGAGCGCGCGUGGGCGCCCGGCGAGCCGGGGCCAUGGUACAGCAGACUAACAACGCGGAGAACACGGAGGCGCUGCUGGCCGGGGAGAGCUCGGACUCGGGCGCGGGCCUGGAGCUGGGCAUCGCGUCCUCCCCGACGCCUGGCUCCACCGCGUCCACGGGCGGCAAGGCGGACGACCCCAGCUGGUGCAAGACGCCCAGUGGCCACAUCAAGCGGCCCAUGAACGCCUUUAUGGUGUGGUCACAGAUCGAGCGGCGCAAGAUCAUGGAGCAGUCGCCCGACAUGCACAACGCCGAGAUCUCCAAGCGGCUGGGCAAACGCUGGAAGCUGCUCAAGGACAGCGACAAGAUCCCGUUCAUCCAGGAGGCGGAGCGGCUGCGCCUCAAGCACAUGGCUGACUACCCUGACUACAAGUACCGGCCGCGGAAGAAGGUGAAGUCGGGCAACGCGGGCGCGGGAUCGGCGGCCGCAGCCAAGCCCGGGGAGAAGAGCGACAAGGUCGCAGGCGGCAGCGGCCACGCGGGAAGCGGCCACGCGGGGGGUGGAGCGGGCGGCAGCUCUAAACCCGCGCCCAAGAAGAGCUGCGGCCCCAAGGUGGCGGGCAGCGCGGUCGGCAAGCCCCACGCCAAACUCGUCCCGGCGGGCGGCGGCAAAGCGGCUGCAUCGUUCUCUCCGGAGCAGGCCGCCCUGCUGCCCCUGGGCGAGCCCGCGGCAGUCUACAAGGUGCGGACUCCCAGCGCGGCCACCCCGGCUGCCUCCUCCUCGCCGACCAACGCGCUGGCCACCCCUGCCAAGCACCCGGCCGACAAGAAAGUGAAGCGCGUCUACUUGUUCGGGAGCCUAGGCGCUUCUGCGUCCCCCGUCGGGGGCCUGGGAGCAGGCGCCGACCCCAGCGACCCGCUGGGGCUGUACGAGGAUGGAGGCCCGGGAUGCUCGCCUGAUGGCCGGAGCCUGAGCGGCCGCAGCAGUGCAGCAUCAUCGCCAGCCGCCGGUCGCUCGCCAGCUGACCACCGAGGCUACGCCAGCCUGCGCGCAGCCUCACCCGCCCCGUCCAGCGCGCCCUCACACGCGUCCUCGUCGCUCUCCUCCUCGUCGUCCUCCUCCUCUGGCUCCUCGUCGUCCGACGAUGAGUUCGAAGACGACCUGCUCGACCUGAAUCCCAGUUCAAACUUUGAAAGCAUGUCCCUGGGCAGUUUCAGCUCCUCGUCGGCGCUCGAUCGGGACCUGGAUUUUAACUUCGAACCCGGCUCAGGUUCCCACUUCGAGUUCCCGGACUAUUGCACGCCCGAGGUGAGCGAGAUGAUCUCAGGAGAUUGGCUGGAGUCCAGCAUCUCCAACCUGGUCUUCACCUACUGAAGGGAGCGCAGGCCGGAGAGAAGGAGGGCCAAGAGGCAGGAGAGGAGAGAG